UGGGUGACGUAUCUCCGUUAGUGAUGUGACGUUGCGGGGCUCUAGAUGUAGUGGUUUCUAGCUGCAUCUUGUUGACGCUCGGUAUUACAGAGGAGAACCGAGAGAAGAGGAGCCGAAACGACCUCACUCAGUCUUUUUAAUCGGGGUUCGGAAGCAGACAUACAGACAACAAUCUGAACAGAAACACAGCAGUCUCCACCAUGUACCUUUCUGAACACCAGAAGAUCUGGAACAUUUGAAAUGAGAAUAAAACAAACUAACAAAACCCACAUUAACUCAAAGGGUUCUAUAAAUCCAAGUGAAGGUGGUAUUGGAACGAAACGGACCUCUAUCAACGCCGACAUGGCCAGUACUCAGACGAGUCUGAAAACCUCAUUCAAAGAUCUGACCUCGUUCAAGGGCAACAUGAAGCGGCUGUACCGAGAGAGGCUAGAGGACGCGCCCAUCAAGAAGAGGCUGAUGGCUGAGAUGAACCUGAAGCGAUGCAGCCUAGACACCCUGCCCCAGACCCCCAAGGUGAAGAGGGAGUCUGGGGAGGAGUACACCCAGCACCGGGAGGCAGAUAGAGGCAUGGAUAGAUCCAUAGAGAUGGACAGUAGAGGGGAGCUCCAGGUAUGUGGAGCCAAGGCUCUGGAUCUCAGUCCUGGGCUGAAACACACACUGGCUGCCUUCACCCUCAGCAGCCAAAGCUCUCUGGGGGGCCCAGCAGCCUUCUCAGCCCGCUCCGGCCACGAAGCCUCCCCCGAGGUCAGCCCUGAUUCCUGCCCCAGCGUGGCCCCUCUACCCUCCCCACCAGUCCUAGGAGGUGGACCCCUCUUGGUGCCCAGCGACAGCUCCACAGAGUUAAGCCACUCCCUUCUAGAGGGGGAAUCCAUCUCCUGCUUUGCUGUCGGUGGGGAGAAACGCCUCUGCCUCCCCCAGGUGCUCAACUCGGUGCUCCGCGACUUCUCCUUGCAGCAGAUCAAUGCGGUGUGCGACGAGCUCUACGUGUACUGCUCGCGCUGCGACGGUGAACAGCUCCACAUCCUCAAGGUGCUGGGUAUUUUACCCUUCAACGCCCCGUCUUGCGGCCUCAUCACCCUUACCGACGCCCAGCGCCUCUGCAACUCCUUGCUCCGCCCGGGGGCUGCCCUGUCCUCUGACCCCAGCACCAAGCGGCCCGGCCAGGGGCUCCUAAAGGAGACGGAGUCUAGCUUCCAGGUGGAGCACCAGUGUCUAGGGAAAUGCCAGGGUCUGUUUGUACCCCAGUUCUACACACAGCCUGAGGCGCCCUGUGUUCAGUGCGUGGAGUGCCAGCUGCUUUUCUCACCGCAGAAGUUUGUGAUGCACUCACACAAGUCCCCGGACAAGAGGACCUGUCACUGGGGCUUUGACUCUGCCAAGUGGCCGUGCUACCUGCAGCUGGGGAGGAAGUAUAUGGGAAUGCCUGAGGAGCCGCAGCUCAAACUGCUGCUAGAGGACAUGAAGGACAAGUUCCACUACAACAGGACCACUGACAAAAUGGAAGAUGAGGACAGGGACACCCAGGUGAAGAGAUCGCGUCCUCCCGAGCCUCUGGUUUCUCCUAACAGUAAACUGGCCGACAGCGAUGCAGCAACCAAGGCUAAAGCCCAGGCUACUCUGGUGUUCAACCGCCUGUUCCCCCACAUUAAGGAAGAGCCUGGCCACCCUGCCAUGGUCCAUCCCAGUCACUUCCUGUAUACAUAUGAUAAGAUGGUGGCUCCUAACGUGUCUCUGAAGGGUCAGCCGGAGGUCAGCCCUGAGGUACUGGGGGUGCUGCUCAAACACCACUACAGCAGGAGACUGACCCACGGCCACGGCGACACUGCUAUGGAUCUCCACGCCUCUCCUGUAGUUGACGAGACCAAGUCUCAGCAGCGCGUCGUUUCCGCUGCCGACCGGGAGCGCCAGCAGCCAGUUUCCAUGGAAACCAGCCCCGGCAACAAGAGUUAUUCUGCUGUAGUGGGAGCCGCAGCGACUGCGGCGGUAGCGUCAUCGGUAGCGGCGCUGGGGAGUAAAGAUGUUCUGUCUUCAGGCUGUGAGGACGACAAGGACAGGAUCGUAGUGGAGAUCGUUCAGAUGUACAGCAGACAGCAGGAGAAACUGCACUCCACCCUGCACAAACAACUGCAUCUAGAGAUGGAGUUGGAGGCGCUGCGUGGAGGCGAGGCGGCCAGGCUGCAGCAGUUGUCUGCAGAGCAGCGUGAGCUGCAGAGUGAACUGGAGGCAGUCCACACUGAGCACACUCAGAAACUGGGGCAGGUGAGGGAGGAACAGAGGGAGUUGGAGCACAGGCUGGAACAGCUGCGACAGCAGAGCUGUGUGUGUGACAACAGCAUACACACGCACCAGGAGGCACACUACGCCAAUCAGCUGGCAGAGCUGCGUGGGAGGUUGGAUGGUGCGGAGGCUGACAGGGAGGAGCUCCAGGAGGAGUUGAAGAGGGAGCGGGAUGCUCGGGAGAAGCUGGAGAGAAUCAUCUCUCAGCUCAAACACCAGAUGGCCUCUUCCUCGUCUUCCUCGGCCACCACAAUUGCUACAGGGAGCCCCUCUUCAAACCCCGCCCCCUCCACACAAGCACCCCACAAAGAGGGACACAUCGCAGGCCUCGAGCAGCAGAAUGGCCACGCUCAGAAGUAGCCCCUCACGAAACUCCCCUUUUCCAUUUGUCUCUCAACCCCCCACCCCCAAGCGCCCUCUGUUUGUUCCUCCAACUCACUCCCUCAUCCCUCACCUCCUGCUGGCAGAGACGGCAGCCCUAGACAGACAGACAGACAGAGUACUCUGUCUCCCAAUGCUGCUUCUCUGCUCUGUCUCACCCCCUUCCUUCCUGGUCCCUCCCUCGUCUUUACUUCUUUGGAAAAGGAACUCCGGUUGGUUUUUAUUUAACAUCACAUGAAAUGAGUUUUAUGUUUGUUUUUUAUUCCUCCUCACACCCCCUAUCCUUAAACAGUAUUUACAUUUUGGGAAGUAUAUGUUUGUUUUAAUUUAUAGUUUUACUGAACAAACUAAUGACUGCUUGGCAGACCGAUAGGAGUUGGAUGUUUUUAGGACCCUUUCCUCCAUCCCUCCCUCCUUCCUUGGACUUGAUGUUUUGUCGCCCCCAUAGAGACCGGGAAGUCAGUCAGACAGAAAGACAGUUCUCUCCUGCACCACUCGACUCUGUUCUGAACUGUGGUUACACUAGCGCUCAGUCGCUCUUUCUACUACUACCUUGCACGCCAACUGGAGCCAAGAUGGUGCCCGUGUGGGUGCUCUCAAUCUUUGUACAGACACCCAGCCAUUCUGGACCAGCUACCAGCCACACACAGCAGUAGACUGCAUUGACAGACAUUAUCAUUUCACCCAUGUUUGUUUUUGUACUCUUAUUCUUGGUAAGAAGUGAAGUUGAAAGACAAAAGUUCUAAAUGUGUAAAACAAAGGUAUAGGAAAACGUUAUUACAGAGCAUUUGCAGUCGUCAUUGUUAAGCCUACUGAAAAUGCUGCAGUGAUAUUAAGAUGUAAAGACAUAUGAGUGAUGUGACUCUGAGGACUGCUUAGGUUGUUGUGGUCUGGAACAACAACAAACCCCUGAACUAGUCUGGCUCGGUCUGUUUUAAUAGGACAUGUCACUCACACACAUACACACACCAAAUUUCCUUGUAGAAAUCUGCAGUUUGUCCUGUUUUAGUUUUGAUUUCCCUGUUGGCAGCAGUUGGUGUGUUUGCCAUCCUCAUCUCUCCUUCUCGUGAGAGCAGCAGAACCUAGCUGUCUGCUUAGUGGAAUGUGGGUCACAGGUGAAUGGAAUUAGUGCAGAUUGACAGAGUGUGGUGUGGGCUGGCUGCUGCCUUGGAUCCAGGCCCCUGCUUCCUCUGCGUUAUUCCAACUCACUAAACAAACAGAUCCCGAGAGGGAGGAGGGAAAGACCAGGAUGCAGGGAGGGAGGUACAGUCAAGCGGAGAGAAAUGGAGGCGGGGGAAGAGAGGAGUGAGAGAGAGAAAGGGGAUUGAGGUAGUGCAGGGGGCUGAUGCCCUCUCUCUCUCUCGAGAUGGGUGGGCCGGGUGCGGGUGAUGAGGAGGAGAGAGGAGCCUCUUUUGUCCUGUCAGAAUUGGGGCAGUUUCUAUAGUCUGGGGCCUCUCUCUCUCCUGCCCCCGGGGAGCUGGUACAGGAGCCCCUCUCUCUGCCCCACACACACAUCGCCAUCUCUCCCUCCCACAAACGUACACACAGAACUGGGGUUUUGUCUAGUUGCCAGACAGUUUUUCAUUUAUAGCCUCCAGGCAGAGCCAGGCAGCGUGUAAAUAGUUGUUUAAAAGAGGUUUUGGCCUUGGCUUUAACUACAAGCUGCUUUUUUUAUGCAUCUGCUUUACAUGCAAGUUGAUAGACAUUCCACUGUGCUCAACCAUUCAAUGCAGAUCUCUAAAGAGAAUUCCCUACAACAUACUCAAUGCUCUGCCAGAGUACUAAAGUAUAGUAGGUCUUAUUUUGUAAUCGAGUUUCAACUAAGCUACAAAAAGUUAUUUUCAUGAGGAGAAAAACGACAACGAUGAAACUAACACCCUUGGUGUGUGACGUGAAGUUCACUCGCAUGCAGAAAAAUCCAAUCCAUACUGCAAAUGUAUGCUCUCUACCGACCAUUGUUCCAUAUAAACCUUUCUUGGAAAUUGUAAACAAUAAAUAAAAAUAUAUUUAAUGUAUUAACUAAAGAUUUAUAUUCACUUUGUACAUACAUUAUUCAUUUAAUAUAUUUACUGUGUUGUUAUGGGAUGAUCUUUUAAAGGUUAUUAUAAUAUUAACUAGGCCAGGCCCGAAGCUCUAAACAGCCCUGAUGUUUUUGUUAACUCUGAAUUCUUCAAAGAUUCACUUAACUUGUUGUUUACCCUGUUAAAGGGGCAAUACGCAGCGGAGUGACUUCCUAUUCACACAUUAUCAACAACCUAAUUCAAGAUUGACACUUGGCUCUUAAAAAUAAAAAAAGGGCCAUGCCUACAUGGGGACUAACCAAUAGUGGCAGAUUUGAAUUUGUUGUCGCUCUGCUGUGUACGAUGAUAUCAUAUUGCACCUUUUUAAAGGAUGUAAUCUUGCUGUUGGGAGUUGAAAUGCAUGGCGUUCAGAUGUGACCACCUGACACAGGACAGAGGUCAGAGUUGAAUAGGAAAGAAAGAGCAUUGUUACAGCACUUCCCCAGAACUGAUUGCUUUCAUUUAGUUUCUUUUGUGGAUGAUUUCACCUUGAUAGACUGUGUAAUAAUGAUGUAUAAUCUUUCUCCCUUAAUACCUUCCCUUUUUGUACGCUAAACCCUCAACCCAGACAAUUUGAAAAUGCACCAAACAUUUGUUUAAAGAGAAAAAAAGAAACUGAAAACAAACAAAACUAAAGUUUGCAUAUAACGAGUGGAUCGAUACCCCUAAGUUGUUUUGUUAGGUGAAUGAUUUCUUACUUCUCACUGGGCCACUCAAUUGAUACGUUUUGUAAAAAAUAAAUAAAAAGAGCCUGUCCUAAAUGGCACCCUAUUCCUGAUUUGUAGUGCACUAUAUAGGGAAUAUGUUGCCAUUUGGGAUGCCGCCAGUGUCUCCAACGUACAAGUUGUUGACCUGUCUCACUACUAGCAAGGAGACGCAAUGGCUGAGGGCAUCUGAGCUAGUUUGACCGUUGAAAUAUACUUCUGGCUUUAGAAGAUGGCUAAAUAGAACUAAAGUCCAACUACCGAAUCAUACCAUACAAAUGUAGCCUCAUGAGAUUCUGCAAAGAUGAGCGCGAGAAGUGUGUGUGUCGAGUUUGUGUCUGACUGACUCUAUGCCAUUGAUUUGAAAGUGACCGAAGCACAGUAGCUAUGAAAAAGCGAGAGCCGUAUUCUCAAGUAGCACUGUGGUUGUCCUCAUUUUUGUCCAACACACAGAGACAAUUGUCCUCUUCGGGGUAUAGAGUCUUUAACUGCAGUGUGUUGACAUCACAAGAUAAAUCAGUAUUCAGUUAUCAUCACCAUAAUUACCUAUCUCUACAGUCUACUGCAUUUAGUUUUUUAACAAUCGUUCUGGGGUAUCUAAUGUAUUUCUGUAUUUUAUUUUCUGUCGGUGUAAAUUGAAUUUUAUAUACAAGAGGGCGCUCUAUAUUGACUUUAGUUAAAUGUCAUAAUAAUGAUAUGAUAGACACAAUGGAUUAAAAGAAGUCAAAAAUACUAUGUAACACAGCGGGCUGGGCCCUCUUGCAUUCGCAUUGUUAUGAGAACUAAUGUUGUGUCCCAAAAGGCACCCUGUUCUCUACCCCGUAAGCAACUUUUUGUUCCCUAUGGGCCCUGGUCAAAAGUAGUGCACUAUAUAGGGAAUGGGGUGCCAUUUAGGACAGAGCCUAAGAUGGAUGUGCUUUGUACAGAGUUUAAAAUAAAAUAAAAAAUGUUUUUAGAGGGGCGCAUUUUACCCAACUCACUACUAACUAGACCAUUACCAUUAGGCUUGGUCCUGGCCUUGCUUCAGAAGCACAGCUAAACAGUAACUAUCGUUUCCAUUUUAUAUAUAUUUUACAUACAUCCCCAAUGGAUUGUUCUCAGACAUAAAAGGAUAGUUCAGCAAUUUUUUUAUCUAUUUAUUUUUAACAUUUUGAGAUAUAUACAAUGGCUCAACUUUCCAUUUGAAUGAAGAAGGCGAUGAAGUGUAGAAGUGGCGCUCUUUAACAAUGGCAACAAGUUAUUUUGGAUGGGUGAUAUAAUGCCAGAUCAAUUGUUUCCAAUUAUGCUUUGUAGUUUAAUUUUUAUUUACAAACACCCUUAUCUACAAGCGUGGGACCUGGACAUUACACCCUGUCCUAGCUAGGUCCCAUCUUGUUAAUGAUUUCACAAAAUGGUUCUUAAUAUUAUGUGUGCCUGGGAUAAACAUGCCAUGUUUUCAGUUUAGAGUUAUUAGGCUACACCUGACAAAUCAUAACAUUUCUUCUUUAAACUAUCUUUUUAUGGCUUUUUAUUCUUCAGAAACCUGUAUGGCAGUGAGUGUCUAUGUAUGAUCAUUGCAUACCAUGUUGCCAACAACGAUACAGUGUGAUUGAGACUUUUUUUUGUUGCAUGAAACGAGACACUGUUCUCCUACCUCAUGUUGUGAUAUAAAAUGUUUUUUAAGCAGAGGACACUGCGUCUUUAAUCGUGGAUCAUAAUUGAUAUAUACUAGUAAAUGAUGACGACAUACCUGUACUUGCUUUUAGCGAAUACCUCAGUUGUAUAUCUCGUGUUGUGUUUUUCCUCCCGCCCUUAUUUCACAUCUUGUAAAUAUACACUGUAUAAACAAUGAACUUGGAUCACGUUCAAGUAAAGUUCUGUAGUGUCACAA